UUCGGUGCGUCGGACUUACGUUACGUGUGUUCUUUUCAUUUAACAAUUCUACCGAAUACGUGUUAAUGUUAAAAAAAAAUCGUACACAUCAACCGACUGAUUUGUGUUUUAAGCUUGUUUUAAUCUGUGCCAAAAACUGUUGACAGUUGCAUUUUGAAUUUGACUUUUCUGUUAGAAAGUGCGUUCGGAGUGUUUUUCUGCCAGCUACCGAUGGCGAAGCGGUGAUGGCGUGGACUGUACGCGCAGUAGCGCUGUGGUGCGCCGUGGUCCUGGCGCUUCUGACCACGGCCGCCGCUUACACUGUCGACUGCAACCAUGAAUACACAGACUGCGACACCGAACUCAGUAAAAUGACAACUGACGAGGAAGAAGUGUCCCAACAUCAGCCAUCGCAUCUUACGAUACCACCGUUCAUCUUCACAACAACACAACAGCCGAAGAAAAUAUUCACGGAAACACCAACAACAACCACAACAGUCACAACAUCGGCUAAAUCUACAGUAGUAACACCUACCACAGAUUCUAAAAUAGAUUUAGAUACGACAGAAAUGACAGAUCUAACAGAUUCAAUAUUAAAAGCUAAACCAAGAUUAUUAGAUUUGAGUGUUGAUGAGUUGCAGAGUUUCGCGAAUGCAUUACACAAUCAAACAAAUCAAGGUAUUAAUAGAAAACUUUCUGAUAUAAGCGAAGUAUCUUUAGACGUAGACGAAGAUGACGAACCACCAAGACUGAUUACGAGUGUGCCUAAGAAUAAAGAUAUCACUGAUAAAUUCUAUUCAAAUCUACAAGUUCCCUUCAAUCCUUUACUAUCUAUAGAUAAAUCUGAUGAAGUUGAAAUAUGCAAGGAAAAUGAAAUUAUAUACAAGGUAGGUGAUCGAAUAGACAGAGGAUGUGAUGAAACAUGUGAAUGUACUACUUCUGGUAUAUUUGAGUGCUCGCCGCGCUGCAAGCAUCCUUACACACGAAGGGGAAGAAGAUUGAAUGAUCCUCUUUGCUUUGAAUCACCAGUAGACGAAUGUUGCUCUAUUAUUGCUUGUUCCACUGGAACUGGAGCAACCAAGGCUGAUGCGUGUAAAUUCAAAAAUGAGAGUUAUGCUGUAGGGUCAAGCUGGAAUAUAGGAUGUCAACAGACGUGUGUAUGUGAAGAGCAUUCUGUCGUAUCCUGCAGACCAAGAUGCAACCGACUACAAACAUCAGAGAAGUGUAUAAACGUUCAAGAUCCUAAUGACGAUUGCUGUGAGAUACAAGUGUGUGAUGUAUCGUCUGACGCGCACGAGGAGCCCGAGAACAUCACAAUGUCAACAACCACCACAACACCAUCAACAACCACACCGAUGACAACUACACCGGUCGCAACUACAUCAACUAUGAUUUCUUCUUUUCUGGCGUCAGAGACUGGAAGAUCAUUGGACGAUCAGAACGAUUCAUUCAGACCUACGAUCAGGCCGCUAGUGUUAACUGAACCGAUCGGAUCAGUAACAGUACUACAAAACAAUAGUGUGCAAGUUAACUUAAUGCAUAUGAAUAACAGCGAAGAUCCGAUACAUCUCUUACUAAGUAGCGACGGUGGACGAACAUUCAGAGACGUGGAACUAAGAUAUACCAAUUUAAUACUUAAUCUCGAAGGUGGCAAGGAUUAUAUUUUAAAAACAAAAGAAACAGGAACUAAAUUCAACUUCACAAUAACAGCAUCGGAUUCAACUUCGAAUGAAGUGCCAGUAGAAGAAAGUAAUGCGUACAAAAUAGGAUGUCAUCAUGAUGGACAAUUUUAUGCUGUCGGUGAAGAGUUUCACAUCGGAUGUUCAGAGUUAUGUGAAUGUACUGGCGAUGAGAAACGCGAGUGCGCGGCGCUAGUGUGCCCGUCCCAUGUUGGUCUGGAGCUGGUUAGCAAGGGUUGCGUGCGGUGGGCCGCCAACCCUCCCGCACACCCGCCUAACUGCUGCCCUAGAACUGCGAGGUGUCUCAGUGAUGGGACUUGUCAUUAUAAAGGAGUUGCAGUACCGAACUGGAGCGAAGUACCGUUGACUCUGACUGGAUGCGAACAGCGUUGCUUCUGUGAGAACGGUGAACUGGAUUGUCAAGAGGUGUGCUCACCAUUGCCAUCGUUGCCACCACAGACACUGCGAUGUCCUCCAAACCACCGCCCAGCUGCGGUCAAUAUAUCUGAUGAGGAUUGCUGCAAGCAAUGGGGAUGCAUACCUAAUGCUGGAUACAAGAAUGGAUCCAAAUAUUCGCAUGUUUUUCCAUCGCAUGACGCAUCACAGAAUCACGUGACUCCGGUCGCGCCCGCCCUACCGACUGUCACGACGCCACUCCCCACACCACUCGUCAUGACUGAGACCAAUGACUUCUUUCGACAUAUGAACCCCGCCAAGACUAGACUCAAAACCAACAAACUUGUACAACCGCCCGACCCCGGCCCUAUUGCAGACGACUCACCGUACCAUUAUGUACACGAGACAAAGAACAACACCUUCGCUAUAUACAGCCCGAACGAAUUCCACAGACCAUUCAAAUUACUACAGCCCAUACCACCCGUGACAAGUAUAAACGUCAACUGGAAAUCUUUAGAGCCACCGAAUAAGUCUGUCCUUGUCGCACCCGUGCCCGUCUCUAUUCAACCGAAUAUACCGCUCGCUUCACAUCAUUCUGAUACAAGAACUAAUUCGCGGAACCAUUUAAGUUACGUCCUACCGGACAAUAAAAUAAAGGACUUGUUUGAAAAGUACAAACAGAACCAAAUGAUGGAAGCAAAAUCUAUAUCAGACCACGAGGAGUACGUGCAACAAAUGCAUGAAUCUGUCAGCAAAGUACCGCUCUUACAAAUGCAUAAUUUAAAUUAUUUCCUACCGGUUUAUGAUAAAAAGAUACCGAGUCAUGUUCCAUUUAGUUUUGGUGAAACAAAAACAACACCGGGCAGCAUGAAACCGAUAAAAACAUAUUUCGAACCCAUGUUCAAUCAGUCGGCGGAUUAUUAUAGAAAAUAUCCGAACCCACAGACUUACAAAAAUGGCCGCCAUGACGUUCACGGAUUACACGGCAAACAUGUAACCAUAUUACGCAGCAAAGACUUGAAACCUAUACGACCUUCUGACACAGGGAACAAUGAUAAAUCCUGGCCGAACAUACACGUUUUAACCAAAGUCCCGAAUCCCUACGAAACUGUUUUGUUUCGAGUGUUGCCUGAACCUAUAACAGAUAUGCAGAAAGUACCUAGCAAUAGUGUUAAGCUUAAUAAGGUUUCAGGUAAAAGCUAUUCAACAUUAGACCUGGAGCAUAUGCUCUCCCAAAUGGAGGUGGAAUCGGAGGUGAAUAGGAAUCUUGGACGUUCGGCUGAUAAAGACAUAGGAGAACACGCGGCAGGUCCAAUGCCAGGUUUUCCAGGUAAACCACAUCCACCGGAGUUUAUACCAACUAUACCUCCUGAGGUCCGAUAUCCACAAGAAGAUAUAGUAGAUUAUGAACAAAAUAAUAUACAUCGACCACUAAAUCUUGAUCCAACGAUCGCCGGCAUACCAAUGCCACCUUCAUAUUCCGAUGACAAUAAGAAACUGUCCGUUAUAUUAUUACAAUCGGAUACACCGACUAGUGUUAAGAUGAUUUUCGGCCUACCCCCAGUUUUGGUCGGGUUACGUGGAAGCGUUGACCUACGAUACACUGACACGGCGGACGAGGAUAUAUCUCAUUGGUAUUCCCAAAUAUUUGCACCUGCGGAUGAAAUACUUGGCACACAGAGGUUGGACUUCAGACUGACUGGCUUGAAGCCUUCAACCACUUAUAAAAUACGAGGCAAACUGUACUUACACAAUCUGCCCGUCGAGCCAGAGAGUGAUGUAUUCAAUGUGCGCACUCUAGAUUUACCAGUGGUUCAGGCUGAGGAAGAGAAGCGACGUGAGAUCAACAGCAGACUGACAGUGGUUGAAGUUAACGAUACCACCGCGCGGCUCAGCUGGCGGCACUUCACUGAUGAUGAACUGCAGUAUAUUGAUGGAAUUCAAGUUCGGUACCGUCCUGUGGGCACGCCGAUCUACAGUAUGACGGAGGUGUUGCACCAUGCGCGUGCGCAGGCCGAACUGAGCGCCCUGCGGCCUGCAGCACGUUACGAGGCCGAGCUAGUGCUAAUCCCGCCGCCGCGCGCGCUCACUGAACUGUACGAUGCAACCAAAGUCGAGUUCACCACCUCGCCUUAUGUUGAUCCUUACAACUGGACCGUGACAGUAGAGGUGCAUACAGUGGGCUCAGUCGCUGCGGAGCUAAUGUGGCACGGCGUUCCCGCUCCCGCCGAGCGCUGGGUCAGGAUAUACCGGGCGGCGCACGCCUGCGGUUCCUCGCGCAAAGAACAUGACGAUUUCCGACUGGCAACACGAGACCUCCCACCCACUGUCACACUUAAUGGACUUACACCUAACUCUAAAUGCCGAGUGUGGCUUGAACUGUACCUGACGAACGGCAAAGUAAAGACAAGUAACGUUGUAGAGAUACAUACCAAGUCUGAGAACUCUCCGGAGACUGUGGACAACAUAAUAGAGGCGUCGUCAGUGUCCGGUGGUCGUGGUGGGCCGCCGCGUGGAGACUACUACGGCGCAUUGGUGGCUGUGGGCGUGGUGGCAGCGCUGGGCGCCCUCACAUCCCUGCUGCUGCUACUGGUCGUGGUCAGACGACACCGGCCGCGAUCUGUGCCCAUCACGCCCGUGCCAUCAGCACCACGCGAGUCCUCCCUGCCGCCGUACGACAACCCAGCGUACAAACUGGAACUGCAGCAGGAAACUAUGGGUAAUGGAAAUUAUAAGUUUAGCAUGUGAUCUCUGACAGUUAAGUUCCCGUGGGCACCAGGGCAAUGGGCUCAACGGGAUCGCAGCCGACCCGCAAGCUAGGCGUAGGCCGUACAAUGAAAUGGCCGUGUAAACAAGAACUAAAAACCAAAAGUUUUUGGUUCAAGUGAUAAAGUGGAAGAACUAUGUGAACUGAUUUUUUUUAGCAUUGUGAAUUUAAUGCAUUGCGUUAAAAAGAAAUUAUUAUAUUAAGGUUGGUACACACUAUAGCACUUGUAAGUGUAAGUGUGCCGUAGUGUAGAAGUGCCUUUAUAAUUUUACUUUGUUAUAUAUUGUAGGCAUACUUAUUUAAUUUUAAAUUAUCCUGUAUUUAAAACAUGAGAAUGUGACUCGUAUGCAAUUCCAAACGAUAUAACAAAGUCUUUACCGAUAAGGCCGUUGUUUUGGUAUUAAACCGAAUUAUAGCUAUAUAACUUUAAGGAAUACAUGUACCGUAUGUAAAGAAUUUCCUUACAAACCAACUUUUAAAUUGUGUUAUAUUUGUAGAAAUGAAAAUUAUUAAAAGCAAUAUUUUUUAUAAUUUAGAGUUACUUGUUACUUGCAAUUAACAAUAAGGAAAAGUGCACUUUUACACAACUAUUUAACUUUUAACUAUAAACUAUACGCGAUAUUUUUUUUUUUAGUUUUUAUUGACAUUAGGCGAUAAACAAAGUACAUUCGCUAAGAAAUGAUUCCUUUAUGGAACUUCAAAAAUGUAGAGAACGGCCAAUAACUUUCGAUAAGACACGUGAAGGUAAAAGAAAAAUCGUGAGUCAAC